UAAAAUAAUGCAAGAAUUUGUCGAAUUAAUUUAGGCAGCAUUUUUCGCCAAAGAAAACAAUUAGCGUAGUUAAGCAGAGUAGUAGCUUGUGAAUUUGAAGCAUUAAUUACCAAAUGAGUUUUUUUAGAAGUGCAGCAAUGCAUUUAUAUCUACUUAAUUGGAUUCUCAGACCAGAGUAGCAGCAGGAACAUUACUAUAGAGAUGUAUAACUUAUGAGUAAGGAUGGUUAACAAUUGGGUUGGAUGUGAAGAGAAAAAUCAAAGACGAGUUGCUUUCUCAACUAAUUUCGAGUGAUUAAAAUAUAAAAAAGUCAGCAGCAAGCGUAAUUAUUCCAUAAUAACAAUAUAGUGCUUAUCAGGAAUAUGUGCAAUAGAAUUGCCAAGACAGGAGUGGCCUGAAAUCAUCAGCAUUUUAGUAUAGAAUACUAGACAUGAUUCAAUAGAAGUGAAAAAAGCGGCAACUAUAACUCUUGGUUAUAUUUGUGAGGCCUUGAAAAACCAGAAGUAAUCAAUAGAGAAGACGGAGAGUGAAAAAGUGUUGUAUGGAAUAUGCAUGGGAUUGCAAGGAGAGAAGGAAAUCAAGUUGAUAUCAAUCAGAGCACUGAAGGACAGCUUGCAAUUUAUGGAUCAAGUAUUGGCACAACAAUAGGUCAGAGAUCAUGUGACUAAGUUGUUAGCUGAAUAGUUGAUAUCUCAAGAUGCUGAAAUAAGAUUGGCAGCAUUAGAAUGCUUGAUUGACUACACCAAAGCAAUAUUCGAUUAUUUAGGUAAGAAUUCUAAUAUAAAAUUAAGAAUAAUAUAUUUUGGUUUUAUGGAAUUGCACCCAAGAGAGUAUUCUUCAUUAGGAUUUCGCAAUUGUGACUAUGGAAAUAUGGUAAAGCGUUGCAUCUGAAAUAAAUGAGAGAUCUGCUGUAAGCAAUAGGACGAAUAUGGGAUUCAGAAAAACUUAAAAGGAUGCAUUGCAAAUAAUAUCAUAGCAAUUGAUUGUGGCGGUUCUUCAAAACUUGCUUAUCUCUGAUGAGGACGAGGAGGAUGAUGAAGAGUAAGGAAUUUAAGAGGCAGCAUAUAAGGCAGCUUCUUCAAUCAGCGAGGCUUUGGGAAGUCUUUGUUAUCAACUAUAUUUGAGAUUUAUUGAGAGUAAUUGAAUUAUCAAAAUAUAUUUUAGAUACGCUUCAAGCACAAGAAUGGCAGAAUAGAAAGGCUUCUUUAUUGACGUUUUCUUCAAUGGUUGAGACAGCUGAUGUUUUAGAAUUAUUCUAAUAUUCUAAUUCAGCAAUAGGCGAAUUUAUCAAGAAAUUGGCUGAUCCUCACAAAUAGGUGAGAUAUGCUGCUGGUAGAGUGAUCACAAGAAUUGCUGAGAAUUACCCAUAAGUUAUUCUGAAGCAUCAAUAUGCUGAUGAAUACAUUAAUUAAUUUUCAUAAUUUUUGUAAGGAAAUAAUAAACUGACAAAAUAUUUGUUAUGGACUCUUGUUAACCUCACAGAAGCCUUCAGAGAUGAUCCAGUAAAUUAAUUUGGCAAGUAUUAUGAAUUUCUCAUUUCCUAAUUUGCAACAGUGAUAGGGAGAUAAGAUUUUUCGGAUGGAACUCUAUUAGACAUAGCUUGGGUAGGCAUCAUAAAUUGUUUACAAUGUAUAAAAGAGCCCUAAAAGAUCAAGACAUAUUUAGAAGCUUUUGGCCAAUAAAUGCUUACUGUCUAUUCAUAAAUGAGAUGGUAAAAGGAAGCCAAUAUUUCUGGGUUACUAUCAGCAAUUCACAUUUGUUUCUUAAGAUUAGUGGUGUUAGGUGAUCAAUGUGAUAUCCAAUUGAUGAAUAACUUCUACCAACUUAUAGUUGACUACUUUAAAAAGAUCUAAACUGUCACUUAAGAUGGUUUCUAUGCCAUUAGUGCUAUUGCUCAAUGUAAUUAAAUAUAAAUAUAUGAUAUAGACAGCAAGAUUAAUUUUAAAUCACUACUAGAUGAUUUCAUGAAAAAUUACUUGGAAAUUGGUUUGUAAAAGAAAUUAGAAAUAGAAACAUUCAAAGGAGCCAUUUUGUGUUUGGCUGACAUUGCCAGAUCCCUUCAAUUUAAAGAGUUCAGUAAAUACUUACGCAUUCUAGAGUAUCUAAUUGCUUGUGUCAAUGUAAUUGAUUGUGUAUUAUUCCGUAGGACUAAUAAGUGAACCGAGUGGCCAAGAUUGCCUUGUUUGUUUGCAUAGCUGACAUAGUUCUGAUAGCAGAACAAGAUGCUGAGCCCUACUUUUAGGCCAUUUGGCAAUUAGUCAAGAGUGGAUUCAGCGCUUCGAUCUACUUCACCUAGAAUAAGGACAUGGCACAAUUAGAAUAUUAUGAAAAUCUUAAUGAUGCCCUCUUAAAUUGUUAUUUAUGCAUGUUACAUGCAUUCAACUUAAACAAAGUACCCUACAUACCUCUUUAUCAAACCAUACAAGAAUUGUGCGUGUUCAUUUAAGCUACAUCCGACAAAUCAUUGACACCCACUGUGGUAUUGCUUAUUUUUGAUAAUCGUAGGAAUACAUUCGUCUUUGUGUGACUUGUCUACUGGAUUGCGUGUCCUAUUAUAAGCAAGUAAAGGGAUAAGAGAAUAUGUCCUAAAAAAUACUCACCAGUCCUCUUCUCAUCAGCCUAUUGGAUAUGUUAAAGCAAUAUUCAAACUAAUCAGAAAAUCAAUAAUUAAUUAUGUAUGCUAAUGAUUUGUGCAAAUCAUUCCAAUUGCCUUAAUAUUUGAAUUGAGAUCAUCAUUAUAUAUUAUUAUCUUUAAUUG